AUUUGCUUCAACCUCAUCAUCAACCACACCAACAACUCAAUUCCUAACUUGCCUCCAUAGCAACCUUUGCUUAAUUCUUCUGUUCAAUUACCACAUUCAUUAUAGCUCUCUCAUUCACAAACUUUCAAUUUCUGCUUCCAAAUCUGAAUUCAACCCAUUUGGCAUUAUUGUUACAUAUAAUUAAUUAAGGAAGAUCGAAUGGAGAGGGUGACAAAGAUGGUAUCAGAGAGGCCAGUGGUGAUCUUCAGCAAGAGCUCGUGCUGCAUGAGCCACACCAUCAAGACCCUCUUCUGUGACUUUGGGGUGAAUCCAGCGGUUCAUGAGCUCGAUGAGAUCCCAAGAGGCAGAGACAUUGAGCAAGCUCUUUCCAGGCUAGGUUGUAGUCCCUCUGUGCCUGCUGUCUUCAUUGCAGGUGACCUCAUUGGUGGAGCCAAUGAAGUCAUGAGCCUUCACCUUAAUCGCUCCUUGAUUCCAAUGCUUAAGAAAGCAGGUGCUCUUUGGGUUUAAUUGGUCAACAAUAUAUUAACAUAUAAUUCAUCUUGACCCUACUCGAUCAUCAGCCACACAUAUAUAUAUAUAUGUGCAGGCUCUCUAAUUAAUUAAUAAUAUAUGUAUGUAAUGAUGCAAUUAUAUACGUAGGGGCAUGGUAUAUAUAUAUGUAAUGAGGAAACUAUAUAUAUAUGUGUGUAUGUAUCCACGUACGGUAUUAUUAGUAUAGAGUUUAUGGCACUAGCUAUAUAUAAUAAUAAGGCUAGCUUAACUUAUCGAGGUGUAGUUUAGCCUUUUUUGAUGAGGCGUUAAAUGUAAUGUUAUCUUUUUUAUAUAUAUAGUUGUAAUAAAUAGAGAUGGAGUUGCAGCUUAUAUGAUGAAGUUUAAUUAUCAGUA